AAUUUAGAAUGUGACAAAAACAUCGUAUUAACGAUUUACGACUGGAGUUCCUGGAAUAGAAAAAGUAACAUUACCAACGCCCUACUCACGCCUAAUUACGCCUACUAUUACAACCUACUUCUAUAGAUGAGUUCGCACAUCCACCACACACUGGAAGAGCUAGUCCUGAUCGUAGCGCUGGCUAUUGUAGCCGUGGUGACGAUAUUCGCCAACCUCCUCGUCAUCGCUGCCUUCUGUAUCGACAAGAGACUGAGGAAAACUAACAACUAUUUUGUCAUAUCCCUCACCAUCGCAGGUUUUCUAACGGGAGGGUACUCCAUUCCAUUGUACUGCAUCACCAAGUGGACUAAAACCGAACCCCUCCCCUCCAUCUGCCAGCUGUGCGGGUUCCUAGACAAUGCUCUCGCUACAAUCUCCGUGUGGACCCUCGCUAUGACGUCACUAGAUCGCUACUACAUGGUCAUCAACUACAAGAGGUACAAGCAAGUAGUGACGAGUGGUCGAGCUAAGUUAGUGCUGGUGUUAGUGUGGGUUUACGGAGGUUUGGUGUGUGCUCCUCCUCUACUCGGCUGGAACGAGUACCACUUCUCCAAUUCAUCCACAUGCGGUGUAAAGAACUUUGUAGGUAACGAGCCUGACAAAGAAUACUUCCUAUUCUACUUCUUCACCUCCUUCCCUUUUCCUCUUCUCAUUGUCACUUUCUCCUACACUCGUAUCUUCAUCCAGGCAUGGGGAGUGUACAGGAGAAGAGAACGGAGGUUGUCAGCCGCGCAGAACCGUUCUCUCCGGAACAAGAAACUCUCCUCCUCCAGCAACAACAUAUCUCCUCCCAAGAAGAACGGGUCUUUCCUCCUAGCUCACACCACCUGUAACGGUUCCAGUGUCUCUAGUGGAAACAGUCCGACUCCUAACUCCACGGCAAAUACGAACACCAAGUUCAAGUUCAGCAGGCAGAGCAGUUGUGUGGGGGGCAUGACCAUUGACAAAACAGUCCGAGCUACAAUGAUGGUAUUUGUACUGGUGCUAACCAACAUAGCCUGUACAUUCCCAAUAUUCGUUUUCUCUCUGGUAGUCUAUUGGGACAACAGUCUGGGCGCUGACUUGCCAACUCUUCUUCUUACUUUCUUCAUCUUCCUCUUCUUCCUUAACAGCGCACUUAACCCUAUCAUGUACGGAGUCUUCAAUACAAACUUUAGAGGAACGUUUAACAGGUUGAUAAGAUGUGAGUGUUACGUAGCAUUCAGACAGAACACCUCGCGUUACACCCGGUUAGUGAGCCGGCUGUCCCGCUGUAACUCCAACCUCACAACCAUCUCUAAUAACAGGGGGGACACCAACGAGGGGGUCUUCAAAAAUAAUAACGUCGCAGUACAAACGCCAGUACGAGAAGUCCCGAGAAACAGCACUAUUCCCCCUAACCCUGUUCACAAAGCCUCCCAUCAUCCGGAUACACAUCAUCAACAGUAAUACGGGGAGUCUCUCUUCUAACAGCAGUCCUCCUUCUUGUCUUACCUCCAUUCACGGCUGAACAGCUCGUUUGGGUGUAGUACCUACUAACUUACUCAACAACUAACCCUGUAACUCCACUGAGCAGCUGGUUUUGUCCACCAGUACCCUACUACCAUAACAUCAUUAGGGACGUUCAGAGAGUAGCACAAAAUCAGGACCAAACAGCUUGUUGUAUUGCUAAAGAUCAGUUAACUGUGAUAGUAUGUGCUAGUGUGCACUUUACUUCUUUUACCCUCUAAGGUACAGAUGGUCGGGUCCCAGAAAAGGAGCACCAAGCAAAAUCGCCUAAAUAUCUAGUGUUCAAUCAUCAAUGAGUACUAGUAUUAUUAUUACAAUUUACAAUAUUUAUAGACACGGCACUCAAACGUAUCUAUUUUAGAUAGACAUCCGCGGAGCGGGAUCUAUCUCAAGACAGUAUUUAGUGCCCCCGGGGCACGAGGUGUCUGUCUUUGUGUAAACACGAAGCGCAGCGAAUGUUUACAGUUAAAUAGAUGGUUUGAAGGAAGUGUCUAUGAAAUAUAGAUUAGGGCGGGUUUUGAGUGCAGGGACAAUGUGCGGAAUCGCGAUUUUUCCCAUUAUUUGCGACAAAUUUUAUGUAUAGUCUUAUGUAUAGUCUCGCUCCAGUGAACAGUGAACAGUUUUCCUGUGACAACGGAAUACAAUUCAAUUGUGUUUGAUAAUAAUUAAGUGGUGUCAGACGUGGUGUAAGCCGCAAUAUAUAGUUUCAAAAUAUCUAUCAAAUGGCGGAAUAUUGCCAGCAGGUCUAUCAGUUUACUUAAAAACCCGAACCAUUUCGCUAAUUCUUACUCAAAUACCUGGACGAAUCUAUAAAAAUGUACUAUUACGAGCACUUUAAGUUUAAUUUUAGUUUAUCAAUAUUUAUUUUAAUUCAAAUUAAAAUGUAUUUAGUUUUAUGAGAACAUCAUUUGUUAUUAUUAAUAUUAUCCCUUUUUGUCGUAUUACUAUUACACUUCUGUUGUCAUAAAAAUUUAAUAUUGCCAUGCAUGCAGUUUCCAAUUGGUUAAAAACUGCAUAUACAUAUAUCAGUAAUAAGAGCUGUUUUAGAACUUGCAUAUAGUUGUUUAGUAAGCGUUUAAAAUUAAAAGAAACUCUACAGUAUACACCGCCUAAUUGUCAUUCUUUGCACGUAUCAUUACAUUUAUGUAAUUGUACAUAUUACUAUUAGUAUUAGCGCAACUGCUUAAUUGUCAUUUCUUGCACACUUUAUUACUUACUUUACUGAACUUGAAAGACAUUGAACUUGAAAGACACUGAACUUGAAAGACACCAAGUUAUCAUUAAGUUAUUUUGAUUUAAAUUAUUUCACGAAUUUACAAUCUUCAUGACUAGGAUGCAUUCUUCAUUUCACAUAUGACCGCUAUUAUAUUUGCAUGUAUUAUUAUUUGGGGACCGGCUUUUGGUACACGGGCCAACAAAUUUCUAUAUGUUCAGUAGUACGUUUCAUUGUUCAUGCAUCAUGGCUACAGAUAAAACUGCGCAUAUACUUUAUACUUCUAAGUAUUACUGAUAGUUUGUAUGUUCAAUGUUGUAGCCGUAGGUAAUAACAUAUGAAAUAAUUUCACAAAUUUUACAAAAUUGACAGUAAACCUUCUCCUGCACUAUAUAGUUUAUCUUUUGCAUUACGGUCGGAUUGAUAUAAUGAAUAAUGAAAUUUAUUUUUGUAUUUGUGACUUGCCAAUUUCGGUUUACGUUGAAUUUGAUGAUAAUAUCAGC